AUGCUCACCGACUACUGGCUUCUCGCCGAUCUGGACGGGACGCUCGUUGCCACGCCCCACAAGGCAAACGGCCUCUAUCUCCCUAUCACGCAAAGUCCCUGCUUUGAGCCUCUCAAGCAGUGGCUAAGCAGCGGCGGCAACCUAUGCAUCAUCACGACAGCGGAUCUCCGGGCGUUUAACCAGGUAUACCACCCACUGAAGGCGUUUCUGAAGACGUAUCAGGAGUACGUCAAUGAGGCUGCCGCAGCAGGAACCCCGCUAAAGACGGUUGAUGGGACGGUGGCGCAGCCUCCGCGCCGCGGCUGCCUUCUCUUAUCCCUCUACACCGGCGCUGUUCUGUACUGGUGCACGUCCGACUCAAUCAUCAUGCUUCCUGAGUACACGAGCGCUGUGCACUGUGCCACGCGCGAAUCCGUCGAGCUGGCAGAUACCUACCACGUGCGCAUGUCCCACGCCACACUGUUGGUGGACGGCAGCGAUAAUCAGCUGCGUGCGCAGCCGGAGAUGUACGUGCAUGGCACUUGCAUCGACGUCGAGACCACCCGCCUCCUGCAGACGCAGAUUGAGUCGCUUUAUCUGGAUUACGUGCGUGAUGUGCUCUCCGGCACGGACCUGGUCGUGCGUAAGGCAGUGAAGUGGCUUUCGCGGCGGUACCAGUGCAUGUGGGGCGGCCUGCUGCAGUACCUCGAGCUUAUCUACAACGUUGUGGUACACCAGAACACCACGUCGCUACUAGAGCUGAGCAUGAACACUGAGCAGACGCUCUUGGCACUGGAGCAGGAGUCUCCAGCGGACCCGGUUGCUGUGGAGUGGAAGAUGAGCUACUUGCGCUCGCGACGGGGCUUCUUGACCGCAGUCGGUAUUCUCCGAAUCGAGUACGUGGAGUCACAUGUGUGGUUCGCCGAGGGCAAGAAAGGCACGCUGCACCGUGAGCCGAGCCAGAAUAUCCAGACUCAGACAAGGGAUGCAGAGCGUGCGCAGCUUGUCUCCUACGUGGCGCAGGUGCUGCUGGCUGAUUUUCCCGCCACUGUGGCGUCGAGGCUGGCAGCUGCGACAGCAACGAUGGCGAGCUUCCUAGUGGACCUCCUGGGUCCCAGCGUGAGAACUCUUCCGCCGCAGAUGCGCGAGGCAAAGCUCCCCACGACAGAGCCGGAAUCACCGCCCCUCUUCAGCACCUCGACUGCGCCGCCAGGAGACGCGGCCAUCGUUGCGCAGGUAAUUCUACUCGGUCUGCCACUAAGUCUCUUCUCCAAGUACUUCCGCUCUCAUGUGGAGGCGAUGGUACGCGGUGGUGUGAACGCCAUACCACAGCCCAACAGCAUCGUCUUCUCCAAGAUGGGCGUAAGUAAGUCGACAGCAUUGCGCUAUCUACUAGGCAAAGACCGCGUUGCUUCUGUAGAGAAGGACUGGCAGCUGCGCUCAACUGAAGUCACAUCGAGCCCCACCACGGGUCCAGCAAGUCGAGCGGCCAACUUCGUCGGGUGCUUACAGAGGUAUCACGGUAUUGCAAUGGGUGACAACCCGCAAUCGAGCGACUUCGAGCUGACAGUGUUUCGAGAUCUGCCGUUUCUCUCUGUCGAGAAGGAGUCCCAGCGGGUGGAGCGGCAACGGCGCAUUCUCCGACGUUUGAGGCGUACACAGCUCAUUGAGGCCCGCGGUGGUCAGCCAUUGAUGCCAGAUGGCAGUCGGGCGCCAUCCUACGCAGAGCUCGUCAGCAGCUUGCGUCGCAGUGGACCCAUGAUGGACGAUCGCCUUUUUGGAAACAUCAACUACGUUGGUGGCGAGGAGGAGGGCACAGCGCUCUUUCUUGCCGCGCUGCUCCACUACGCAACGGCGAAGACGAAGAACGGACAGGGGAAGAUGACCACUGUGGAGUUCCGCGAUGCAGUCCAAAUGGCUCAAGCGACAAGUCGAGAUCAGGUGAUGUUGCGCCUACCUCUUGCGAAGCUCUAG